UUUUCAUGAAGCUGCUCCCAUCCACAAACAGUUGGUAGUCCACAUCCUUCAGGGAUGUAUCUGGCAGGUCGGUAUGACUGGAAUACACCUGCUCAAUAGUCUGUAAAGAGUUGUGAGUCAGCUCUCCUGCUUCUGGAUCGGUUGUCAAAACCACCGCUGGGUUCAAAAGUAACAGCUCCCAGGAGCACCCGGGGACCCCCCAGCACCCCCGACCUGCUCGAGGAGGUGUGCGAGGCCAUGGAACCUGUCACCGGAGGCAACGGGAGAUGACAACUGCCCCACAGAACACAAGCUACGGGUGGAGGAGGCAACAGCAGCUCCUCUGGUGGUUCCCGUCUUGGUGUCUUGGUGCCGGUGACGCCUGUGGACACACGAGCGUGGAACGAGGCAGCAGAUGUCCAACGGCAGCUCCAUCACCCACUUCCUCCUCCUGCCAUUCGCAGACACGCGGGAGCUGCAGCUCUGCCACUUCUGGCUCUUCCUGGGCAUCUCCCUGGCUGCGCUCCUGGGCAACGGCCUCAUCAUCACCAGCACAGCCUGCGACCAGCACCUCCACACCCCCAUGUACUUCUUCCUGCUCAACCUCUCCCUCCUGGACCUGGGCUGCAUCUCCACCACUGUCCCCAAAUCCAUGGCCAAUUCCCUCUGGGACACCAGGGACAUCUCCUACACAGGUUGUGCUGCACAGGUCUUUUUCUUUCUCUUCUUCUUUUCAGCAGAGUAUUCUCUCCUCACCGUCAUGUCCUAUGACCGCUACGUGGCCAUCUGCAAGCCCCUGCACUACGGGACCCUCCUGGGCAGCAGAGCUUGUGCCCACAUGGCAGCAGCUGCCUGGGGCAGUGGGUUUCUCCAUGCUGUGCUCCACACUGCCAAUACAUUUUCACUACCCCUCUGCCGAGGCAAUGCUGUGGAGCAGUUCUUCUGUGAAAUCCCCCAGAUCCUCAAGCUCUCCUGCUCACAUUCCUACCACAGGGAAGUUGGAAUUCUUGUUUUUCCUACUUUUUUAUUUUUUGGGUGUUUUGUUUUCAUUGUGGGUUCCUAUGUGCAGAUCUUCAGGGCCGUGCUGAGGAUCCCCUCUGAGCAGGGACGCCACAAAGCCUUUUCCAUGUGCCUCCCUCACCUGGCCGUGGUCUCCCUGUUUAUCACCACUGGCACAUUUGCCUACCUGAAGCCCCCCUCCCUCUCCUCCCCAUCCCUGGAUCUGGUGGUGUCAGUGCUGUACUCGGUGGUGCCUCCAGCAGUGAACCCCCUCAUCUACAGUCUGAGGAACCAGGAGCUCAAGGAUGCUUUGAGGAAACUAUUUGAAUACAAUAUGCUUGUGAUUAAAAGGUGCCCAUUACCCGACUAG